GUUGUGUUCAAAGGCAGAAAAGUUCAAAGAGCAUCUCCAUCUAUAAUUGGGUGGACAACACAAAAUUUGAACAAAAGACAGAAGGAAGAGAUUGAAACUGGAGGUUUUGGAUACAGAUAUAUAGAUGAACCUAAUAAAGCGGAAUUCAUAGUUCCAAAGCUGAUCACAAAUGAAAAAGAAGUUGCAAUGCAGAUUGAGGGAAACAUCAAUCAGGAGCCAAAGAAUGAUAUUAUGAUGGAGUUUGCUGCAGCUGCGAAGAAUUUGGCAGAAAGCAUGGCCAGUUUUGAUGAAAAAUUUCAACAGGCUGUAAAGGUGUUACCUGAUGAUGAGACGAUGAAGAUUUUAAUGGGAAAAGUCCAUGGGCUUUUCAACACAUAUUCAUCAGAAAAGGAGAAAGAAAAAGAAAAUGAAACCGAAGUGUCACUGACUCCAGAUGAUGGAUUCUGGACUGAAGAAGUGCUCAAAGCAGUUGAAGUGACUCAGAAGAAAAGAGUUGAGAGGCCAACUUUUACUCAGUAUGAAAA